AUUGAUACAUUCAUAGAGAUACAAAUUCCAUGGUAGAAGAGUUUAUGUUAUUGGCAAACAUCUCAACAGCCCAGAAGAUACAUGAGGAGUUCCCUAACUGUGCUGUACUGCGGAGACAUCCGUCCCCGCCUGCAUCCAAUUUUGAUCCUCUAAUAAAGGCAGCACAAUCUAAGGGAUUCAAAAUGAAUGUAUCAAAAGGCAAAGAUUUAGCUGACAGUCUGAAUGCGGCUGUAAUAGAAGACGACAAAUAUUUCAACACCAUGUUACGGAUAAUGACAACAAGAUGUAUGAUGCAGGCAGUGUAUUUUUGUAGUGGAAUGAUACCAGAAUCAGAAUUUCUCCAUUAUGGUCUAGCCAGUGAGAUUUAUACUCACUUCACUUCACCAAUUAGAAGAUACUCGGAUAUACUCGUCCAUCGUCUACUAGCUGUAUGUAUAGGUGCUGACUCGUCCUACCCAGAGCUUCUUGAUAAACACAAGACACAGUCUAUCUGUAAUAAUCUCAAUUAUAGACACAAGAUGGCGCAAUAUGCUGGACGUUCAUCCGUAAAUCUACACACACAUUUAUUCUUCAAGAAGAGAGUCAUUGAUGAGGAGGGAUACAUACUGUUUGUUAGAAAGAAUGCAGUGCAAGUUCUUAUUCCAAAAUAUGGUCUUGAGGCAACUUUAUAUCUUAAUACAGAUGGCCGCAAGAAAGGACCAACAUUUGUGUUCAAUGAAGAAGAGAAUACUCAGUGUUGUGGUCCAGUGACUCUACAUGUGUUUGACCGUGUUAAGAUACAGAUCAGCAUAGACAGGUCAAAUGUUCAACAUUUAAAAUUACAGAUCAGACUUGUGGAGCCUGUGAUUCCAGAAUUUAGUGUACCUCCGACAGUUGAAGAAAAACAUUCUGAAGAGCCCCCAGCAAAGAAGAUAAAAACGUGAACAGGAAAUCAUAUUACAUGAGAUAGAAAAAAAAACUAGCAGAAAGUUAGGUUUGACACGUAAACCAGUAACCUCAAAAGAAAAUAAGGACAUAAACUGUGCUCGAUAUAUUAUUCCAUGAAAUGAUACAAUAAAUAUUUCUGUACAAAAUCCUGUUUUCCAUAAAGAGGGUUAAACUAGACCUCAUGCCUAUAGCACUUGAAAAAAGGUAUGACAAGAAAGUGAAACUUCAUGGAAGUUACGCUAGUUAUAGUAAGAAAUUAUUGAACUGAACAUGUGUCUAGACAUCAGUAAACUAGUUCAGCAGUGAAUUAGUCUGUGUCAGUGGGUUUAUAUAAUUAUUGGAAGAAUAAAAACUGGUAUAUCAUC